AAUCAAGAACAAUAAUACAAAAUUUGUUUUCUUCUUGUAAAGUGUUAAUUUUUGAAAAGUAAAAUAGUCAUGUCACUAUUUUUACAACAAGAUACAAAAGAAAUAAUAACCGACAUAAAAGUUGAACAAUGUGAUUUCUUACCUCGUCUCAUAAGCUUGGUGCAACAAAAUCCAAUUUUGUAUGAAAAAUCAAAUAAAUAUUACUACAACCGUCAUAAAAAGGAAAAAGUAUGGAGAGAUAUAGCCGCCCUAACAAACACGACAGCUCUUGAAUGUAAAAACAAAUGGACAGCUUUAAGGGAAAAGUUUAUCAGAGAACAGAAAAAAUUACAACGACUGUCGAGCACUGGAACUGCUCCAGAACAUGAAUGGGAAUUGUAUAGGGAAAUGUCCUUUUUAAAACAUGUCACCACACCAAGAAAAAAAAUGCAGACUUUGGAAAUUGUUGAAAUAAUUGAAUGUCCCCGUCCAUCAACAUCAUCAUCACCCAUUGCAGGGCAAACGUUUCCCACAAUAGAAGAAUGCUUAACUCCGUCACCUUUAAGAAAGAAAUCGUUCGAUGGACUUUGUGACCAAUUCGGUCUCAUAAUAAACAAGUUGGAUAACCGACUCGAAGCUGAACCACAAAACAUAAGCAACAGUGACGCUGAUGAGUUGUUUAUAAGGACUGCUGUGUCUAUGAUUGAAAAACUGCCAUCAUCAGUUAAAGAUGAUAUCAAGUCUGAUAUAUUUAAUAAAAUCAUUGAGGCCAGGAAAAGAUUUAGAGACAUUUCCUGAUACUUAAGUUAAUGAUUAGAUUUUAAUAUUUAAAAAAGAGCACAAUAUAAAACGUACAUUAUGGGAUCUUUUGACCUCCGUCUAAAGUGUUUUAAAAAUGCGCCAAGGGAAUUUAAAUAGUUUAUUUAUUUUGUUUUAAUUUUUUUGUUUGGAUAUGUAGUUUAUUUAUAUUUGUAAAAAUAUGUAUGUAUAUAAAUAUUAUACUUUGUUUGGUAAAAUUGA